AGUGCGAAUUGGCGUGAGGUUGAUAGAGUGGAUUUCAAUUUUGGUGCCAAAUCAGUACAGAUAAUGUCUCCCUCUCUUUUCUAUUUAAAACCAUAACCGACUCUUCUCUCUCUCUCUCCUUCAACCCUCCAAUUCUUCAAACCAUAACUAACAAACACUUCAGCUGUGAUGGACGGAUUUGGGCCCGACAAUUAUCGCACGGUGUGGGAGGUUUUUGGAGAUUACAAUGGUAGACGCAUGGCCUUGAUCAAAGCUCUCACCAUUGAUGCUAAGGAAUUCAUCCGACAGUGUGAUCCUGAUAAGGCAAAUCUGUGUCUUUUUGGAUUACCCAAUGGGCAAUGGAAAAUAGAUCUGCCUCCUGAGAAGGUGCCUCCAGACCUUCCAGAACCUGCUUUAGGUAUAAACUUUGCCAGAGAUGGAAUGCAAGAAAAGGACUGGUUAGCUUAUGUUGCCAUCCACAGUGAUGCAUGGCUACUUUCUCUUGCCUCCUACUUUGGUGCCAGAUGUUAUUUUGAUAAAACUGACAGGAAAUGUCUAUUCGAUAUGAUAAAUGAUCUCCCAACCGUUUUAGAAGUUGUGAUACAAUAUGCAAAACAUAAGCAGCAAGCAAUAUCACUGGAGAGAAUGUCAGGGCACCAACCAAAUGAUGAGGCCAAGUAUGAGGGAUCGAAUGAAGAGGACGAGGGAUCGGAUGAAGAGGAUGAGGGAUCGGACGAAGAGGAUGAAGACGGAUAUGAGGAAACCACCUUGUGCGGAUCAUGUGGUGAAUAUUACACCUCCGAUGAAUUCUGGAUUACCUGUGACCUAUGCCAGAUAUGGUUCCAUGGGAGGUGCGUCAAUAUCACAUUUGCUGAGGCGGAGCACAUUACUCAGUUCAAAUGUCCAACCUGUACAGACAAGAGAGCCCGGCCUUGACGCCCGUCUUCCAAUGCUAGUAUAAUUGGUCUUGGUUGUGUAUGGGUUUAGCUUUUACCGUUCAUUGCAUAGCUUACUUUUAAUAAUCCUCUCUUAGCUACAUAUUUCAGUUAACCAGUAACAUCUACAGUUGGAGAUGUUAUGCAGAAAUUGAGAGAGAUUCUACAUUUGUUUUC